CAAGUAAUUAAUCGGAACGUCCCAACUCUAGUAAGCAGAUAUGGGUACCGUGUGCAUCAAAUGCGAAUUGGAAGCUCCCAGGUACAGCACACUCCACAAAAUCACAGCUCCCACACUGGGGUUCGAUCGGGUGUCUCGGGCUAGUUACUACGGUUUAGUUACAUGUUCAAUAAUGUGAAAGUGACAUGCCUUAUCGAAGGAUGUGCGUUUUGCACAAAUGACGUCGCCAUGUUUUAAAUUUUGAAUAAGUAUAAGAAAGCUGGCCUGGGGAAUCGAUGCGCCCUACCAUGGUUUCAGGCUCACAAUCUCCGGUCCAUUGAUUCAUUUCGGAACUGCAAGAUGGGCCUCUUAAACUAUAUUAUAUCGUUGGUCUACCAAGUGAUCCAGUUUUUUGUUUCAAAGUUCUUCUCCCCUACUCCUCCAGCACCUCGGAGAAGGAUCAGUAAUGCGCGCCGUGUUGCUGUUAUUGGCGCAGGGAUUACUGGUGUUUCGUCUGCUGCACAUUGUGUUGGUCAUGGAUUCGAGGUCACAAUCUUUGAAGCAAAGGGGAGAGAUCAUCUGGGGGGUAUCUGGAGUCAAGUAAACCCGACAUCAUCUUUACAAAUCCAUAGCCUCAUGUACCGCUUCCAUCCUUCUGUGAGGUUCAAGAAUGACUAUCCCCACCGCGACGCCAUCAUCAGAGAGGUCACGGAUUUGUGGAAGAGAUAUAGACUUGAUGAGCGGACUGAGUUCGAGGUUCCGGUCCAAUCUGCCUGGAAAGAUGAAAAGACUGGGAGAUGGAUUGUCCAAGAUCCUUCCUAUGGCUAUUUUGACGGCGUUAUCGCUGCUGUCGGUACUUGCGGAGACCCUAAAGCACCACAUAUACCUGGCCAAGAGAAUUUUUCAGGCCAGAUCUACCACUCCUCUCAACUCGCGGGUAAGGAUGUGAGAGGCAAAAACGUCAUUGUCGUCGGAGGUGGUUCUAGUGCUGUUGAGGCCGUUGAGUUUGCAGUACAAAAUGGCGCAGCGCAGACGACAAUAUUGGCUAGGUCUAAUAAAUGGGUCAUACCACGAAACCCACUUAUUGACGCUCUGCUGUCUCUUAACAUUUUUGGCGAAGAAACCGAGUUUGCUUGGGUGCCCGAAAUACUGUUGAAGCAAUUCUUCUACCGAGAUUUGGAAGACCUGAUCCCCACUGGAAGAGGCCUGUACACAGAUACGCCCAUGGUCAACAAUGACAUCUUGGAAGAGGUGCGUAAAGGGAAGGUUAAGUGGCUGCGCGGUGACAUCAAAGAGUUCGCGGAAUCGGGACUCGUUUUCAACCAUCGCGCCAAAGGUGUUCCUAAAGGCGGACCCGGAGAGGAAAUUACCGUGAAGGGCGAUAUCUGCAUCAUGGCUACAGGUUUUCAUAGACCCAGUCUGGGAUUUCUGCCAGGUGAUGCCUUCAAGGAACCUUACAAGCCGCCGAACUGGUUUCUCCAAACCUUUCCAGUUGGCCAUACAGAUAUUUGUGCCAACAACUGCACGUACAUCAAUGGGAUCGGCACCGUGGGCAAUAUUCACAUAGGCCUGUAUACGAGGUUGCUUUUGAUAUUUCUGGUGGAUCCAAAGACACGUCCAUCGACACCCUGGAUGCGCAUCUGGGUCGACUGGACGCGGAUGUGCAAACGGGCUGCUCCAGGUGGCGCACUCGAGUUCUUUACCUACAGCGAACUCAUAUGGUGGAUAAUAUUCAAUAUAUUCUCGAACCCGUGGAGAUGGAGAUGGGUCUUCUUUGUCCUAUGGGGAUGGGGAAGUAUCCCAGCCAAUAAUGCUGGAAGGGAAAAUUUGAUCAUCAAUGGCAGCACCAAAUCCGGGUCCAACGGCCAAGGAUCUAAGCCUGGUAGCUCUGAUAAUGAGAAGCAUUCCGAAACCGACAACAAGCCAACCUAUUCCGCUGCUCUGGCAUCGAAUAUGCCGAAAGGGCAACCAAGGAUGAAGAAUCUGAAAGAAGAGCCGCCAUUCGCGGAUACUCAGAGUCAGGAAGGUCGUGAAGAGAAGCAAGAAGCAGCAAAGAAAGACGCCUAAUCACUCCGAAUCCUUCUGCUCAGAAAAUGCCAAAAUCAGGAUCUAGUCUACAUCAAGGUGGUUGUCUAAGAACAUACUGCCGAUUGGGGCUAUAUCUAAAAUCCCAUCAUCGAAGGGAACAGCAGUGGGCGAUUAUGGAUAGCUCGAAUGGGAAGGAUUUUUCGGUCUGAAAUGCAUUGUAAAAUAAUUCGACAGAUGAAGGCCUAUAUCAAUGUAAUGAGAGGAUUUUGUGACAGUACGACGUUGUAGUCCAUAGAUACAACGCUCCACUGCUUCUCGUAGCAUCUAUUGGAGAAGUUAAGGCACUGGAGCUCCUCUGACAUGCUAAGGAG